AUGGCAGCGGUAAUGUCCGGCGUCGAGGAUAAGCUAGUAGACGAAGAGAAGUAUCAAGGAACAUCAAAAGAUGACGAGGAUAAGUCUGGAGGAAUUUACGAGCUCCCCAAAAAACUAGAGAACACGAAAGCGGAAGAUAAGAAAACGAACGAAGAAUUACUCACGCACGCUGUGGCUUUGCUGACUCAGCAUGUCACGGCAGCAAAACCCAACAAUUCAUCGUCGUCAUUUUGCCUUACGGAUGCUAUGUUACCAUACUUCUAUGGUAACAUGAAAGAAUAUAAAGCAUUCAAGGAAGGAAUGAUGACGGUGUUCAACAUUAUGCAGAGCACCCCUCUGGAGAGGUUUAUGGUGCUGCGUUCCAAAUUAAAGGGCGCAGGACUUAAAGUCAUUCGAAACGCUUUCGGUGACAGUGGGGAACUACAACAAGGCGUGGAAAUUAUUAGAUCACCGCUACGAUAA